AUGGCAUCUGAGAGCGCGCGCCUCCAGCACCUGCUCGCCUCCAAAGGGCUUGGAGAUCGCCGCCCCUCCGAGCUGCUCAACAGCAUGCGGCACCUACUGGGCACAAACAACGUCUACUCGAACAGUGUGGCGUUCAGGGAGCUCUUUAUGCAGCGCCUGCCGCAGUUCCCCUGCCUUGUCUUGGUCGCUGUAGGGGACCUGACCCUCGACCGUUCCUCCCAUCUCGCUGAUGGAGUCCACGACCUUCGGUCACCGCCCUCACUUCCAACGCCAGAGUACUCAGUCAUAUCCCCCUUAGAGUCCCGGAUCGACCAGCUUGCCGUUUCCAUAGACGCGCUACGGACGUCCUCUCAUGAUCAGUGCGAUUACUCCUCACGUCUCGGCCGCCGUUCGUCUUCUCCGAGCAGUCCUCGAAGAUCGCCUAUUCGCUGGUAUUAUCGCACAUUUCAGCACCGCGCCCGCCAAUGCAAGUCCCCAUGCAGCUGGUCAGGAAAGGCGCCUUGA